AUGACUUCUGUGCAAAAUAACGUCAAGGUAGAAUCGCCAGUUGAAGAUUUGCCGAUGGGUGAUACCCAAGAAGCAGGAAAUAGAGUAAACGAACAGAGCGAAAGCCCCUCUUCCCAGGCAGAUGACAAUUCAUCUGGACAGACCAGUGGUACUCCACCUGGACAGAACGAUGGUACUCCAUCUGGACAGACCAGUGGUACUCCACCUGGACAGAACGGCGGUACUUUUUUUGGACUCAACGGCGAUGAUUCAUCUGGACAGAAUGGCGGUACUUCAUCUGGACAGAACGGCAAUAAUUCAUUUGGACAGAACGGCGGUACUUCAUCUGAUGAAAACCAUUUUAUUCUAGACGGGCCCACCAAACGUGGUGUAAAGAUACCUGGAGAUACGGAUGCAGCUCGUGAAUAUAGGAGUUUUAGCCCAGGCGUAGCUGAGCCCAACUCUAAGAAACAAAAGUCGAACAACAACGACAUGACCAAUUUCUUUGGUACAUCAACCAAACCUACGAACGGCCUGUUCGGGUUUAAGUCCCAGUCAGGAGGAGCAAAUUCUUUUUCCUCUGCUCCCCAGGGGCAACAGACAACACAGUCUCCCCAGGGACAGCAGACACCACAGUCUUCUCCCCCUCCUCCUGAUGAAGACGAUGAAUACAACGAAAUUAUGGGCGAUCUAGCGGGUAACCGAAAACCCCCAGCAAACAUGCAAACGAUAGCGCUUGUGCGGGGAGGGAGACGCCCCAAGUACAUAAAUAUGUAUACAGUUGGUGACAGAUGCAUCUUUCGCAUUGAAGGUAUGAAAAGCGACAAUUUCGAUGCGGCACAAGCACCUCACCUAUCAGAGGAGAAGUACCAAGCUAGCCAAAACCCUGAAAGUUGGCAAGAUCUGGAAACCGUCCUUGGCGUGGCAGCGCCUGGUAAAGAGAUGAACCAUAGUGAUUUCUUGUCCAGACUCGAUCCAGAAAAUCCGGACAAAUUCAAAUGGCGCCAACCUAUAUUCAUCAUAGGAAGACGGGUUAACGGAGAAAUCACGUUUGUGAACCGUGGAUGGUGGCGCGCCAAUUAUGACCCGAAGGAUCCAUCCGAUCGUGAAACGUACCAGGCACGGCGACCAGAGGGAUACUACUAUUACUAUAAAACGAAAGAUGAUCCUGUUCGCAGGAACCGAGAAAAUAAAAAUGCCUUCCAGGAUUAUAGACUUUUCAAGAUGGCUUUCUGGUAUGAGAGAAAGUAUUACCAGGCCCUGCAUCCUGGACAGCCGUUUGUUGUCGAGGAUCGCAAGAAGUCGCCAUCGCCAGUUGACGACGAUGUGGCUAGAUUUAGAGAAGUGACGAUCCCACCAGAUGAAUACCAGUCUUCGAAGGUCGUCCAGUCUAUGGAGAGUCCUCUAGCAGACUCUGAUGUACAAAUUGGUACUCCUCCACAAAGUAGAUCCCAGACAAAACACACAUCAGCGAGACAGCCCAGCAUACGUCAUACCACUUCGAACCCAAAUGGUUCACCGCGACCUCGGAGUAGUGGAAUGUUCAAUGGAAUGAGACAGCCUCGGUUCACACCUCGCCCAACAGCAAUGGCCUCCUGA